AUGGAGAGCUUUGAUGAUGCUUCCCUCAUCGGACUAGUGUCCCAGGAAGUACCUUUUCACGAUGAACAUCUCCCCGGCCCUUCAGAUCCGAAUUUGGCGAAACAAGACACAGCGGGACCAACUUCGACCCAAACGACGAGCUCUUCACGAAUAGAACGUGCCAAUGAUGCUGGAAUAAUAGAUGAUGGCCCAGUCGUGUCAGAAUUCCCGUUGCCUUACACACCGGCUGGAGCUCGGAUUGAGGAGGAAGAGGAAGGGGAUGGGGAAGAUGAGGAGCCACAGGUAGCGACUUCUUUUGAGCGAGAGGCUUCGCCGACUUUUGCGCAGAAACACCGAUCAGCUUCCGACAACUCGGAGGACGAGGGGAUCAACCGCAUGCACAAAUUUACGCUCUACGAAACCGCGACGCGAUUCUAUAUGGUCGGGAUUAAUCUUGCGGAGACCCGUUUUCGGAUUCUGAAAAUUGACCGGACAUCAGACUCUGGCGAGUUGAGUAUUAUCGAGGAUGAUAUGGUAUACAACAAAAGAGAGAUGGUUCAGUUGCUGGAUGCAAUCGACGACGGCAACAAGAGCUCUGGCGGGUUGAAUCAGAAGUGCAGUGCAUGGGCAUUGCUUGGCUUCAUCCGAUUUACGGGUGCAUACUAUAUGCUACUUGUUACCAAGAGGAGCCAGGUUGCCAUGCUGGGUGGUCACAAUAUCUAUCAGAUCGACGAAACUGACCUGAUUCCAUUGACCACCUCAGAACCUUCACAUCUCAAGGCCGAGAAGCAUUCAGAGGAGGCACGAUAUAUUGCGAUAUUGAACAAUCUUGACUUGUCGCGCUCUUUUUAUUUCAGCUAUUCCUACGACAUCACUCACACACUCCAGCAUAAUAUUUGUCGGGAUCGCAAGACCCAUCAGGAUGGCCACCCGCAACCAUUUUCGCAUGAUUACCAUUCCAUGUUCAUCUGGAACCAUCAUAUCCUUUCCCCAGCCGCUGAGGCCCUCAAAAAUCCCUACGAAUGGUGUUUACCUAUUAUUCAUGGAUAUAUAGACCAGUCAAAGAUGAGUGUCUAUGGACGAAUGGUCUACAUCACAAUCAUCGCCCGUCGAUCCCGAUUCUUCGCUGGAGCGCGGUUUCUCAAGCGAGGUGCAAACGACCUGGGAUACGUGGCCAAUGACGUAGAGACUGAACAGAUUGUAUGUGAACAGACAACAACGUCAUUCCAUUCCGCUGGUCCAAGACUCCAUGCAAACCCUCAUUACACUUCAUAUGUCCAACACCGUGGGAGCAUUCCUCUCCAUUGGACUCAAGAUAACACAGGGGUGACACCGAAACCGGAUAUUGAGCUUAAUCUUGUGGAUCCAUUUUACUCGGCUGCGGCGUUGCAUUUCGACGACCUAUUUCGAAGAUAUGGCGCUCCAGUCUAUGUUCUGAACCUGGUCAAGUCUCGCGAACGAACCCCGAGAGAGUCAAUACUUCUUAAAGAGUUCACCAACGCUGUGACAUACUUGAACCAGUUUCUUCCUGAGGACAAAAAGCUCAUAUACGAGGCCUGGGAUAUGAGUCGUGCUGCAAAAAGCCGGGAUCAGGAUGUCAUUGAGACAUUAGAAGACAUUGCAGGUGACAUCAUUCCCAAAAUCGGAUUUUUCAAGAACGGAGAUGAUGCGGAAUCCGGCUUGCAGCUCCAGAAUGGUGUCGCGAGAACUAACUGCAUUGAUUGCCUUGACCGGACAAAUGCUGCACAGUUUGUCAUUGGCAAGAGGGCACUUGGUUAUCAGCUCCAUGCCCUUGGUGUCAUAGAUGACACCACAGUGGAGUAUGAUACCGAUGCUGUUAACCUCUUCACGAACAUGUGGCAUGACCAUGGAGAUACUAUCGCCAUUCAGUACGGCGGAUCGCACCUGGUGAACACCAUGGCUACCUACCGCAAGAUCAAUCAAUGGACUAGUCACUCGCGCGAUAUGGUGGAAAGCUUCAAGCGGUAUUACAACAACUCUUUCCUUGAUGCUCAGCGUCAAGAGGCAUACAAUCUGUUUCUUGGAAACUACAUUUUUGCGCAGGGUACACCAAUGCUUUGGGAUCUUCCGAACGACUACUAUCUCCAUCAUACCGAUCCUAAAUUCCACUUCGACAGAAAGAAACCCAGCUACAUAUCCUGGUACACACCGGAAAAUCUCAAGGCUAGGGAAUUCCCACCCCUCCCAUUUCAUCCUAAAGCGCCACUGUCACAUUUCGAUGACUUCUGGCUGGAAUAUUACAGACCACUCGCUCUCUCUUCACUAUCCAAAGUCUUCUCCUGGAAAAUGAAUUCCACGUCCCGCUAUCUACCCCCAGUCCGCCCAGGACACCCAGUCCCGGAUCUCAGUCCCUUUGUCCCCCGUAUCCCUCCAGAGCAAAUCCAACGCGAACGCCUACCACAGCGCAGCGUCAAGAUCCAAGAGCCAUCCAUCAGCCGCAGUCGCGCCUCAUCAAGCACGAUGCCGCCACCCGAAGUCCCACAGACAUGGGUCCAUCAACCACCCUCAUCCGAGAAACAGCCCCCUCUCGUGGGCAUCAUCAAAGAUCCAGCUUUCAAAAUUCCCCAUCCAUCCCGCAUCCCACCCAUCGACCCUCCAAACGCAGACUCCACCCCUAGCAAAGCGGAGGUCGCCCAGUGGACCCUCGGCCAGCUAGUCAGCGACUCGCUGAGUCCCUCUGUCACCAGUGCUGAGGCAGAAGAAUAUGAGCGGUACAUCAACCAUCCUCUGAAAGUCCCGCUUGUCGUGACAUCCGAAGAUGAAAUGACGGCUUCAUCGCUGCAGGAUCACGGCUACAAUCUCGAUCUUCUGGAGUACGCGAAUAAGUGCAAUGUUGAGGAAUCUGCCCUUGAAGCGAGGGCUGGGAACAACAUGCUUGCUUAUGCUGAGUUCUUGGACGUCUCUGAAGACGGUCUGACUGUCGUCGGUGAGGACUAUGAGAAGAAAAGGUAUAAACGAUACCGCCAGUGGUUGCGCGGGAAGAGUCUUUUCAAGCAGCGAGUCGAUCCAUGA